GGGACGGGAGCGGCUGCCGCUGCCGGGGGCGGCGUGUGCCGGGGUCAGGGGCCGUGUGGGGAAAGGAGUGUGCCGGCGCCCUGGGACGGAGUGCAUUCUCAGGACUUUCGAGCCCGGAGUUGUGUUCCUCGGUGUACUUCAGCCGGUGAUUUCCAGAGCUUUGCUUGAGUCGCUGCUGUGCGGAGCCCAAGGGCCCUGCCCGGAGCCCGCUGCGGUCGCCGCCGCCGCCAUGGCGCUGGUGCCUCCCCCCCAGGAGGGCACCGUGGCCGUCAUGGUGCGAGUGCGACCCCCUGCAGCCGGCGAGAGAGCCGCGCAGCAGCCGCUGCUGAGAGUCGUCGACCACAAGACCCUUGUGUUCGACCCCGAAGGGCUCGGUGGUGCCUCCGGCCCUGCGCUGCCUGCCCGCGGCACCAAGCACCCGGGGAAGCAGCAGAAGUUCGUCUUCGACCGGGUGUUUGGGGAGCAGGCCACGCAGGAGGAGGUGUUCCAGCACACCACCCGCGACAUGGUCGACACCGUCCUCGAUGGCUACAACUGCUCCGUGUUUGCCUACGGUGCCACGGGAGCAGGGAAAAGCUUCACCAUGAUGGGCUCUGAGCAGAGCCCUGGCAUCAUCUACCUGGCCAUGGUGGAGCUAUACAAGCAGCUGGAGGCUAGGAAGGAGAAGAGCUACGAGGUCCUGGUCUCCUACCAGGAGGUCUACAACGAGCAGCUCCACGACCUGCUGGAGCCCAAGGGCCCUCUGAGCAUCUGGGAGGACCCUGAGAAGGGAGCCGUGGUUCAGGGCCUCUCCUUGCACCAGCCCAGCUCUGCGGAGCAGCUGCUGCAGAUGGUGGUGAGCGGCAACAGGAACCGGACGCAGCAUCCCACUGAUGCCAAUGCCUGCUCCUCCCGCUCCCACGCUGUCUUCCAGGUCUAUGUGAAGCAGCAGGCGUGUGCCGGUGGCCCGGCUGGGCACGUGCAGGUGGCCAAGAUGAGCUUGGUGGACCUGGCAGGCUCGGAGCGAGCUUCGGUGGCCAAGACAAGGGGCAAGCGGCUGCGGGAGGGGGCCAGCAUCAACCGCUCGCUGCUGGCCCUCAUCGGCGUCAUCACGGCGCUGGCGGGCGCCAAGGGCCCGAGGAGCCACGUCCCGUACCGGGACAGCAAGCUGACGCGCCUGCUGAAGGACUGCCUCGGCGGCAACUGCCGCACCCUCAUGCUGGCUGUGCUCAGCCCCUCGCCGCUGGCCUACGAGGACACCUACAACACGCUCAAGUAUGCCAGCCGUGCCAAGGAGAUCGAGGUCUCGCUGCAGAGCAACCUGCGCGGCGUGGACUGCCACGUGUGCAAAUACAGGGAGCUGUGCGAGCAGCUGAGAGCAGAGGUGGCAGAGCUUCGGGCGAAACUCCGUGCCAACGAGGAUGCUGCCAGCGGCUCGCAGUGCCAGGGGCCGGCGCUGCUGCCUGCCCUCGCCUCCAGCCCCUUGCAGCUGCCCAGGGAUGGAGCUCCUGCCAGCAGCCGUGCCCUCAAUGUCACCCACGAGGUCUGCACUGUGCCAGCCUCAGCCAGUGGGCCCGGGCCCUUGGGCUGCAGCGUGCCAGAGGCCUUGGAGCAGAGGCAGAGCCUGCAGGACCAGCAGGAUGAUGCCCCCUCAGGGGCCAAGGCUGCAGCUCCUGCCAUGAGCUUCUCCCCAAGGCAGCAGCCCCUCCCCAGGGAUGGCAGCUUCCUUGCUCAGGAUGCAGCCCCGGAGGCACUGGAGGCUGUGGGCCAGCAGGAGGCUGCUGCAGGCCAGAAGCAGGUGGCAGCUGCAAGCACAGCUGCAGAGCUCAGCCGGGCCAGCCCAGCCCAGAGGAGCCAGCAGGGCUGGGAUGGGCAGGUGCCAGCCAAGGCCUCUGUGGCUGUGCCUGCUGCCCCUCUGAUCAGCUCUCCCCUGCCAGACUGGCAGCACCUGGCACCGCUCACCAGUGCUACACUGCUGGCUCUCAGCCCCAUUAGGAAGAGGGGGCUGGAGCUCCUGCCAGCAGCCGUGCCCUCAACGUCACCCACGAGGUCUGCACCGUGCCAGCCUCAGCCAGUGGGCCCGGGCCCUUGGGCUGCAGCGUGCCAGAGGCCUUGGAGCAGAGGCAGAGCCUGCAGGACCAGCAGGAUGAUGCCCCCUCAGGGGCCAACCACGGCAGACCUUUCGUGCCCUGUGAGCAGGCCUGGCAGCAAGAGAGGAGCAGCACAACGUUGGCAGCCCGCGGCAGCAGCCCCCUGCUGCCAGCCCUGCCCCUGCCGGCUGCAUCCAGCCAAGCGCUCCCUGGGAAGGCUUCCCCAGCCAGGCCCCCCUGCCCUGCUGCCCAGCUCCUGCCUUGGCAGCUCUGCCCCAUCCUUCCUGCAGCCCCUCCAGCUCUCCUGCGUGCCCUGCUCUGUGCCCAGCCCUCCCCCCCCACCUGCGGUGCUGUCCCCCCCUCCCUUUUGCGGCUCGGUUCCCCUCUCUUCCCCUCUCCCAUCCCGGUCGCGGUGCGGUUCCAUUACCCCCUCUCCUUCGCAGCUCUGUCUCCUGCCCCCUCCCCCUUUGCGCUCUCCUCCUCCUUUCCCCCCUCCGCGGCUCGGUCCCUUCACUAAACCUUUGUUCCUUUGGCUCUGCAGAGCUGCUCUGGGUGCUUCUUGCCUCCCCCUGGCGCUCCCUCUGCCUGCGCCCGGACCAGGCCCUUCCUCCCGGGCUUGGGCUCCAGUGUGGCUUCCCCCAGCUCUGCCCUCCUGCCCCCUUGGCAGUGCCCGCAGGGGCUCUGGCUUGCCUGCUGUGCCAGAGUGCUGCUGAGGGGGGCUGGAGGCUGCCUGCCCCCAGCUCCUGCUGCUCUGCCCAGCCGUGGGGGAAGGGUCUGUGCUCCUUGCCCCUGGCUCUAAGCCCAUCCCUUGGGCACAGUGCCAGAGGGGGUCGUAGGCGCAGAAACAGGAGGGAGGAAGGUUGCAGCCCUGGGGCUGUGUUUUGAGGCUGCAGAGUGUAGGCCAGCAGGGGAGGAGAAGAUGCCUGAGGUGCUACAGUGCCCCCACUCAGGAGUAGUCCCCCAGGGGCAGCUCCUUCCUGCCUGGAGGGCUCCCAGCUGCCCUCUGCUCCUCACUGAGCCCCUGGCACUGUGGGUUCUGCUGGGGGUCUCCCGAGCCAGCCUGGGGUACAGCACCCCUGCAGCAGGCACAAGAGUGCCAGGGCACUGUGUGCCACCUCUGCUGCCCCCUCUGGUUGUCCUGCCCCAGCUCUGAAGCACAGAGCCCUCCACCAGUUCCCUCCUUCAUCCUGGGGCUGGGGGGGUGGAGGCUGGUGGGAUGUGUGCCCCUACCACGGGGGGAGUCUCCAGGGCUGCCUGCACCCCCAGAAAGGGCAUAGGAAAUCAAGAAAGGCAUCUCAGGGCUGGCUUCAGAGUCGGUGGGGGUUGGCAAGGAGAGGUGG